GCCGCCGCCGCCCUGCUUUCCCUCCGUUUCCUCAGCAGCGCUGGCCUCUCGCCUUGGGCGCCGCUUCCGCGACCGAGCCGUCGUGGCGGGUGGGCCGAGUGUCAGGAACCGAAGGAGUAAACGGGCCAGCGCCAGGAUGCCGCUGGGCCUCAAGCCGACGUGCAGCGUAUGCCGCACCACUUCAUCGUCCAUGUGGAAGAAAGGCGGGCAGGGCGAGAUCCUCUGCAACAACUGCACGGGCCGUUCAGGGCCGGCCGCUGCUGGGGCGGCUUCCUACGCCGGCACCUCCGCGGCCUCGCAGCACAGCAACGGCGGCGGCGGAGGGGGCGGCGGGAAUAGCGGCGGCGGCGGCGGCGGGAAGCAGAGUAAGCAAGAAAUUCACAGAAGAUCUGCUCGAUUGAGGAACACGAAAUAUAAAUCUGCUCCUGCUGCUGAGAAAAAGGUUUCCACUAAAGGAAAAGGGAGGAGGCAUAUUUUCAAAUUAAAAAAUCCCAUCAAAGCUCCAGAAUCUGUUGCCACAAUCAUUACAGCAGAAUCUAUCUUCUAUAAGGGAAUAUACUAUCAAAUUGGAGAUGUUGUUUCAGUGAUUGAUGAGCAAGAUGGUAAAACAUACUAUGCUCAGAUUAGAGGUUUUAUUCAAGACCAAUACUGUGAAAAAAGUGCAGCUUUAACAUGGCUCAUUCCUACUACAGCAAGCCCAAAAGACUAUUUUGAUCCUGCAACUUACAUAAUAGGACCAGAAGAAGAUCUUCCAAGAAAAAUUGAGUACUUAGAAUUUAUCUGCCAUGCGCCUUCAGAAUAUUUCAAAUCUCGAUCAACUCCUUUUCCUACGAUUCCCACUAGGCCAGAAAAAGGUUAUAUCUGGACUCAUGUUGGACCUACUCCAGCAAUUUCAAUCAAGGAAACUGUUAGUAGCAGCUUGUAGUAUCUCUUCAAAAAAAUGCUUUUAUUUAUAUUUUAAAUUACUAUCUGACUUCUAUUUAUUGUUUAAAUCUCUGCCUUUGUCAAUUUUUCAUUUUUGAAGCUGUUUUUUCCCCCAGAAAAAAUAUAUCUAGAUAAAUGAAUAUUUUAAAGUAUUUCUGCUAUGUUAGAACUGUGCCCUUAUAUUAGGAUAUUGUGUAUAGUAAUUUGUAUUUAAUUUGAGGAAUGGAGCAAGUUUUCAUUAAAAAGUGAGGUGAAAUUAUAGGAAAAUGGAGGAAAACCUUGAUACGGAUAUACCACAACACUAUUUAAAACAUUUAAUUGAAAAACAUGGGAAAAAGGAGUACAUUUCCAUGUUGCAUAUGUGCUAUCCUUAUCUGAAAAAAAGUUACUAAGUCUCCCUUACUUAAAUCUAUGGUGAUUUUAAGAAAAAUGUAAGGAGUAGUUCUGAAACAAUUUUGGUGGAAAUCAUGUUUCAAUAUGAUUUCAUUAUAAUGGGCACUUUAUUUGGAUGAUGGCUUUUUCCAGAACUUUAAUGUGAAUUCUUGAACCAACUUGUAAUUCUUGUGUCGUAUUAAUACAGGAGCCCCCAACCCCCAGGUUGCACCCCAUUCACUUUGCUGAAGUGGUAGGUGAGGACCCUAUAGUUGUGAAAAUGGUGUGUGCGUACACGGGAAACCAUUCCCCUGCUCCCCGGCCUGCCAAGCCGGAAAGGUUGAGACUGCUAUAUUAAAGGAUAUCUUGUUGGUUCAUUCCAAGGUUAAUCUUGGGGAAAUGUAACUUUCUCCUUCUUUACCUUAAAUCUUUGCAGCUAAUAGAAAUGAAUAGGUGGAAGGAGGAGUGGUAAAAUAGUUUUUAAAAUAAAUAUAAGUGCCAGGUAUCUUUUAAGAGACAGCUGAAUAGCUUAUCUCUAGUGUUCUAACUGCAUUUAGACCAUUAUUUUUAAGUUCUAUCAAGUUACAGUUACUUUUGUUUUAGACAUUGUUCAGAAAUGGAAAUGGUUUGUUAGAUUGAACUUGGAUAAUACGAAACUGGUGCAAUUAUUUUAAAUCAUAUAAUUUUGUCUCAGUAUGUUGUAUGUACCCAUUUAAUUGAAAAUUGUUCAGAAACUAUUUUUAAAUUGUGGCUUAAUGUAAAGCCCAAUCCCAGUCUGAUUAUUUUCAUUUUUAUUUGGUACCAGGUUUAAUUUUAACAUUAAAGUGGCUUUUUAUACUGCUGCUACUACUCAUGAAUGCUUUUGAAGAAAUCCAGAUCUAUUUUUUUUUGUAUCAUCGCAUAAAACAAUAAACGGACUAUUCAUAACUAGA